CUCCAUACAUUUUUUCGUUUCACUCACACACGCCAAUUCGAAUCUGAAAUUUCGUAUUUUCUCUCUCCUCUUCCUCGUGCUCGAAUGGCAGAAGCUCAUUCCAGCAACCUUAUGAGCUAAAUUAAAGCAAUUGUACGUCGAUUCUUGGCUAUCCAAAGAAUGCAAUGGGAGGUACUGCUGGACUAAAGCUCUCGGGGUUACAGAAGCAGGUCCUGAAUCUUUAUAGAGGUUUUCUACGAGCAGCCCGUUCAAAAUCCCCUGAAGAUCGUCGUCAGGUUGAAUUAAUUGUAUCUGAAGAGUUCCACCGCAAUUCCAAACUAAUUGAUCGCAAGAAUUUCAUUUACAUAGAAUACUUGCUUCGACGUGGUAAAAAGCAACUUGAUCAGCUCAAGAAUAGUGAUACUGUUAGUUUGUCAUCUAUGAAGGUUGGUCGGGGAUCCGAAUGAAGAACAACAGGUCUUUAUUACCUUAUAUACAGACACAAAUCAACUCAGAAGUGAGUCUGACCACAUUUCAAGAGAGUCUGACCACAUGUCAUUUAUCAACUUAUUUUUUCUUUCACAUGAACUCAUUUUGUUGAAGAACACUUUGUUAGCCAAGCUCAUAAUAUGGUGAAUUAGUGUCAAGCCUCUUUAUUUUCCUUUGUUAGUCCUGAUAGAUAGAUUGUUUUGAGCCAAUGUUUCAUUUGAAUAAUUCUUUCAGUUGGUUAUAGGUGCAAUUGUCAUGACUCGUCAAUAAUAAUAUUAAUAAUUUUCAGA